AUGCCGCUCAUCCACGAUACAUCCGCGCAAGAACGAAUCACCAAGCAAUGGCGAUCUCUGCUCCAUGACUUCAAACCGUGUCAUUUCCCCGGCCUUCCAGACGGAUCUACCACUGACACGAAGGAAUUUCAAGAAACCACUGCUGAGCUCAACAUCAACGAGCUGUCCAUCCAGCACUCCUGCACCCAAUAUCAUGUCGAGCCUCGCAAUGUUUUCCAAACAGCAUGGGCCAUUGUGAUCAACUGCUAUGCCGGGGUCGAGGAUGUUUCCUUUGGAUACGAUACGACUGGCGACGAUGCGUCUGCGCCGGCCACAGCAUCAGAAAACAUUCUCCUCUGCCGUACACAUAUCGAUGCCGAAAAUCAACUGGGCCAAACCGCGUUGGAGAUGAAGAGAAGCUUUGACGAUGCGUGGGAGAACCGAAAUUGGUCAAUCUCAGAGAUUCAGAAGCUGGUAGGAUCUGAGAAUCAACCGCUUUUCAACUCUGGCCUACAAGUUCAGCGUGAAGGGAGGCAGAGUCGAGAAUUGAAAGAAAUUGACAUACUCGCCCGAAUUUUGAUCAAGGAUGAUACUUCCCUUGCAGUGUCAGUCCGCACACGCACGGCCAAGUUCUCCGCGAUGCAGACAGCCGACGUUGCCCAUACAUUCGCCAAAACGCUGCUUGAAAGCAUCAAAGCCCAUCCAGAAUCCAGAAUUGGCGACUUGGAUAUCUGCAGUCAACGCGAUUAUGAGAAGGUUAUGAACUGGAAUAAGGCCGUACCUAGCUCCGUUGAUAAUACUUUCCAUGAGCACUUUGAGUCCAUCGCCCAAAAAACGCCGGACGCCCCAGCAAUUUGCUCGUGGGACGGCAAUUUCACAUACCAAGAACUCGACUCGAGUUCAACAAGACUCGCCAACCACCUUGCAGACUUGGGUGUGGUGCCGGAGACGCUUGUCCUCCUUUGCUUUAACAAAUCCGCCUUCGCUAUUGUUUCCAUGCUGGGCAUAAUGAAAGCCGGCGGUGCCUUCGUCGCCAUUGACCCUUCAUAUCCAGCCAGCCGCAUUCAAGCUAUUCUCCAAGCUACUAAUGCAGAGGUAGUCGUGACCGAGCCAGAACAUCGUCCUCUUUUCGAGGGUACCAUGAAGCACAUCGUUGCGAUUGGCCCAGAACUAGCGGAGGAGCUUCCGGCCACGCCCAAGACGAUCGGGACGAAGUCGUCUCCUUCAAAUACUGCAUAUGUGGUUUUUACAUCUGGUAGUACCGGCGCCCCUAAAGGGAUCAUGGUGGAGCAUCGUGCUCUUUGCACCGCCGCCGUCAGCCUUUCUACUCCAAUGCGAAUCGACUCGACAACCAGACACUUAAAUUUUGCAGCGUUCACUUUCGACCUGAGCUAUGGCGACAUUUUCGUUACUUUAUCCCAAGGAGCGUGUCUCUGCUUACCAUCCGAAUGCGAAAAGGUAAACGACCUGGCGGGUGCCAUGGUACGAAUGAAUGUCAACUCUGCUUGCUUAAUACCCAGCGUGGUUCGGGUCUUCCAACCGGAAGACGUCCCCGGCCUCAAGACUCUCUCCCUUGGUGGCGAGGCGCUUGUGAAAGAAAACCUAGAGCUAUGGGCCCCCAAAGUAGUCUUGAACAACAUGGGCUACCUCGAUGGCGAGCAAACCAAGCGAUCCUUUGUCGAAAAUCCAAGCUGGGCAAAAGUGGAGCCGGGCCAGCGAAGGCGAUUUUAUAAAACAGGAGACUUGGUCAAGUACAACUCAGACGGAACUGUAGGUUUCAUCGGUCGCAAAGAUACACAGGUAAAAUUCCAUGGCCGCAGGGUCGAGACGGGAGAGAUUGAGUAUCAUCUGGCAUGCCACGACUCCCUGAGACAAUCGGUAGUAAUACUACCCUCCGCUGGCGUAUAUUCUAAACGACUUGUGGCAGUCGUGGUACUAAAAACGAACCAGAUGUCGCAGGAAUCAGCAAGCGAGCUAAAGGUUGUCACUGGGAUCGCCAAAGAGAAAUCGGCUUCAGAAGUGGCAAAAGUAAAGAAAUUUUUGUCUUCAAGAGUCCCGCACUACAUGGUCCCUCAAUUCUGGAUUGUGGUUGAACAAAUCCCUCUGAUGAUUUCUGGAAAGAUGAACCGAGUACUAGCCAGGAGGUUCUUGGAGAGUUUGGACGAGGACAACCUGGAAACAAAAGUCAAUGGGUCAAUGACAGUCCAGAAGCCAGAUGAUCCCGUGGAGCUUCAUUUGCGAAAAUUGUGCAGCCAUGUUCUAAAUAAAGACAUGGACAAGAUUGACGCUGAACAAACUUGGGAAGACCUUGGUGGCGAUUCCAUGUCCGCCAUGGAGCUCAUUGCUCGUUGUAGAGCGGAAAAUCUUGUCCUCACUAUGCAUGAUUUCCUCGACGGCAACACAGUCAGGCAGAUGGCUUCCAUUGCUAAACGGCGCACGCCAGGGACACCAACGAAUGGACAUCGCGCCCAAGAAACUCCUCGAAUGCAAGGCGGAUGUGGCGUGCAAGCUCGGUUGAAAUUCCCUCCAGUGUGGUGGGAAUAG